AUGGAUGAGAUGCGAGCGCAAUGGGAAGCCCUAAUGGGCAACCUGGAGAAUCCCGUCGACCCUAACGAAACGAAAAGCUUCGAAGACAAGGACGUAUGCAAGAUGUACCUUGUAGGACUGUGUCCGCACGACCUUUUCGAGAACACGAAGCAUUACAUCGGCCCGUGCGCGCUGCUACACUGUGACGAGUUACGAGCGAAGUACAUGGAGCAGAGGAAGACACGCUACUACAAUUAUGAGGCCGAGACGCUGAGAUUUAUCAUGCCGCUCAUCGAAGAAUGCGACCGUCGAGUGCAGAGGGGGCGAGUGAGAGCGGAGGAUGACAUUGGCUGUAAGCAAACAACGCUCGACGAUGCCACUAUCGCGGAGGCCAAGCGCAUAGAUGCAGAGAUUGAGAAGAAAAUGAAAAUCGCUAACGAGUUGGGGGAGAAGGGAGAGGUCGAGGAGUCCUUCAAGCUGCUGGAAGAAGCUGAGCUUUUAAAGAAAAACAAGUUGGAGAUGCUAGAGAAGGCGGGAGAGACUUCCUAUCAGUCGCGCAUCAAGCCGUGCGACAUUUGCGGGGCGUUGCUAUCAGCAACCGACACCGACCGCCGCUUAACUGAGCACUACAGCGGUAAAAUUCACGUGAGCUACCAGAAACUGCGCGACAUGUCGAAGUUGUUGACGGAGUACCUACCCCAUUCAAUUGCCAAAGGAGCAGCCAAAACACGGACCGCAGUUCAAGUCGCUCGUAUGGAAACAGGAGGCCACUACAUCGCACGCAUAGCCGUUCUUCGCGAUCCCGCAGCUCCAGCCGCAGUCGCAGCGGCAACGAUGGGAGAGGACGUCGGCAUCGCAGCCGGUCCAGAGACCGGUACAGCAGGAGGCGGUGACGGGGUAAGGUCUCCGGCCAACUUCACAAUUUCCAAUCUUAUUAGAACAUCUUACGUGGACGAUUGGGCCAGAAUCGGACGAGUUGUAAUCGCGGGAGUUCUUUGCAUUGGCAUCGAUGCAUUACGACACCACCGCUGUGCGGCGGUGAGGUCGCCGAUGCCAACGAGUGACACAUCAGAUCGCAUGGCCGGUAUGCGUCGGCAGGUGCUCGUAACGGUGGGUACCACCAGUUUCGACGAGCUUAUUGAAGCCGUAGACAACGCCGAUACGCAGCUUGAGCUUAAGCGACUAGGAUACACCCAUAUUUACUACCAAAUAGGGCGUUCGUCGAGGGUUAUACAACAGAAUAUUUUGGUCACGCGGUCAGUGAGAUUUGAGGAUAAUUUCGUUGAACGUUUGCGUGAAAGCGAACUCGUUAUUUCACACAUGGGAGCGGGAACGAUCAUCGACAUAUUCCGCCUACAAAAGAAAGCUGUUUUCGUUCCAAACAACAAAGUGGCUGACAACCACCAGAUGCAACUGUCCAGGGUGAUGGACGGACGCCAUGUGGCCACACUAGACACCCUGCGGAGUAGGCUCUCCACAGCGACAGAAACGCCGGGCCACUUCUUCGCCAUGCUGCUGCCAGCAGGUCCGCUGAAUGAGGUCCUGGAGCGUACCAUGUCGUCGUAA